AGGUUAUUUUCCAAUCACAGGAAUCUGUUUUAUCUGUCAUUGUCACUCACUUAUGAAAUAACCCCAAUUUAAAAUUGUUUUUUGUUUAAUUAACAAUUCAAAACCGGAGGACACGUAUGCGGCUUAUAUAAAAUAUAAAAUGAAAUGGACAAUAAGAAUUCUACUGUUCUCCUUAUUUCUGUAUCAAACUUGCUUUGCUGUGGUCAAAGAGAACUUCAAAGAAUGCAGUCAAAGUAGCUUUUGUCGGCGCCUCAGAGGAAUCAAGCCUGAUAAUAGCAAUUAUGUUUUGAAUUUGAAGAGUCUACAAGUCUCUGAUAAUUCUGUCGAAUCCGAGCUGUGGAAUUCAGCAGAAAAUGUCAAAUUCAAGCUUGUUCUCACUGCACUUGCCGGAAACAUGUUCCGAUUGUAUGCAGAUGAAAUUUCACCCUUACAUAAGAGGUACAGGGUAGAAAAUGUGCUCAAUGGAGAACCACAAGUGGAAAGAUUGGAGGUACUGAAAAGAACAGAAGACGAAGUGAUUAUUCAAUUUGGUGAUAAUAAAGCUGUUCUUAAGGCAAAACCUUUCAAAGUUGAAUUUUAUAAAGACGGAACCUUGGUUGCAGUAGUGAAUGGGAGAGGGCUAUUCACUAUUGAACAUUUCAGAACAAAGAACGUCCAAGUUGAUGGAGAGGAGAAUCAGCUACAACAGGAGGAUCCAGGCGCAUGGGAAGAAAAUUUCAAGUCCCACCACGACAGUAAACCUCGAGGUCCCGAAGGUAUUUCAUUAGAUAUCACCUUCCCAGGAGCCGUGAGAUCGUACGGUUUGCCCCAACAUGCCGACAGACUGUCCCUCAGAACAACAGGACCGGGUGGUUUGGAUCCGUACAGAUUUUAUAAUCUCGAUGUUUUUGAGUAUCUUGUUGAUUCAACGAUGGCUUUAUACGGAUCGAUUCCAGUUGUCUAUGCCCAUUCAAGUUCAAAUACUGUUGGAGCAUUCUGGUUGAAUCCGUCAGAAACUUGGGUAGACAUUAAUAACAGUAAAGAUCAGAACGUUGUGUCUUCUCUGGUCAAUUUAGUCUCUGGCCAGGCUUCUGAGAGUAGGGUAGACGUCCAUUUCAUGAGUGAAAGUGGCGUCGUCGAUCUUUUCAUACUCAUGGGUCCGACUCCUAAAGAUUGCGCCAAGCAGUAUACUCAACUCACCGGUGUGGCUCCAUUACCGCAGUACUACACCCUCGCCUACCACCAAUGCCGAUGGAAUUACAUAACCGAAGACGACGUGACCACGGUGGUUAAGAACUUCGACGAACACGACAUGCCCGUGGACACGAUGUGGCUUGACAUCGAAUAUACGGACGGUAAAAAAUAUUUCACGUGGGAUCCGAUCAAAUUCGCCCAUCCGGAUCAGAUGCUGAUGAAUCUGACCUCGACCGGGCGCCAUCUGGUGGUCAUCAUCGAUCCUCACGUCAAGAGAGAGGGCGGAUAUUUCCUGCACGAAGACUCGUUGUCCAACGAUUAUUACGUUAAAACCAAGGACGGGAAUGUGUAUGAAGGAUGGUGCUGGCCGGGCUCGAGCAGCUAUCCAGAUUUCUUCAAUCCCACCGUUUUCGACUACUACAAGGCCCUGUACAGCAAGUUGAAAUUCGACAACGUCAAUAACGACAUAAUGAUCUGGAACGACAUGAACGAACCGUCCGUGUUCAACGGUCCGGAGAUCACGAUGCCCAAGGAUUGCCUGCAUCACGGCGGCUGGGAGCACAGGCAUCUGCACAACAUGUACGGCAUGGUCUACACGGCGAUAACCUACGAAGGUUUGCUCCAGAGGAAUCCCAACAGGCGUCCCUUCAUCUUGUCCAGGUCGCAUUUCGCGGGAACCCAGAGGUACGCCGCCAUCUGGACCGGGGAUAACAACGCUGAUUGGAACCAUCUGGCCGCCUCUUAUCCCAUGUGUCUGUCGGAAGCUCUGGCCGGUGUUAGCUUUUGCGGCGCCGAUAUUGGAGGGUUUUUCAAUAAUCCCGACGUGGAGUUGUUGCAGAGGUGGUAUCAGGCUGCAGUGUGGCUUCCGUUCUUCAGAGCCCACGCGCACAUCGACACCAGACGCAGAGAACCUUAUCUGUUCGCCGAAGACGUCCGUCAUCGCAUAAGAACAGCUUUGAGAUUGAGAUACGCCCAUUUGCCCACUUGGUACACCCUGUUUUACGAGCACGAGAGGUUCGGGGAGCCCGUCGUAAGGCCGCUCUUCUACAUGUACCCCAAGGAUCCAGAAGUGGUCGACAUUGACAAUCAAGUUCUAGUCGGUGAUUCUAUCUUGGCCCAUAUGAUCUCUGAAUCCGGUGCAACGACCGCCAAUGUUUACCUUCCGGGAGGGUCUUCGGAGUAUUGGUACGAUAUGAGGGAUUGGAGGAAGUAUGCCGGAAACGGAUACACGAGUUUCUCCGUUAACUUGGACAGCAUUCCGGUUUUCUACAGAGGUGGCAGUAUAAUUUGCAGAAAAGAUCGACCAAGGAGGGCUUCGAGUUUGAUGCAUAAAGAUCCUUUCACUCUUAUAAUCGCUCUGGAUAGUAACAAUUCUGCUAAAGGAACAUUGUACAUUGAUGAUAAUGAAAGUUUUGAAUACAGAAAACAAAAGUACCUUUACAUACAGUUCCAGUUCAAAAACAACGAACUAACUAGCAGUUUGAUAGACAAAACCGAUUACGAAACUCUGGAAUGGAUUGAGAGGGUAAUUGUGCUAGGGGCGCCAUCUGGUGUGCAAAAAGCUGUUCUCACGUCAAAGAGUUUGGGAUCAGUAGAUUUGGAAACGCAUUAUAGUGACGAUGCGCUCAUAAUAAGGAAGCCAGGUGUUAGUGUUCGUGAAAGUUUCGCAGUUAAAUUAAUUUGAUACUUAAAAAUGUGAUAGAGUCUUUUCGCCUGUCUUAGAACAAUCUAAUACCAGCGAUCAUUAUGGUUUCAAUGAAUGUAAUUCAUUUUUUCUUAGUGUUUUCUUUAUGGAAUUUGUUCUUAGUUGGAACUGUGUUCAUUUUACAAUAAAUAGAAGAUAAAACAUCAA